AUGGGAACUACAGUGUCCCUGACCUCAGUGUGCAGUAAAGUGCUGGAACACAUGGUGCAUCACCACGUCAUCCAACACCGGCUACUCACGGACUACCAGCACGGUUUCCGGAAACGACCAUCAACGGAAACUCAACUUAUUCUCACCAUCGACGACCUUGCCAGGAGCGUAGACGCCAGCGAACAAGUAGACUGCAUCCUUCUUGAUUUCAGUAAGGCGUUCGAUAAGGUGCCACGCAACAGAUUCCUGUUGAAGCUUGACCACUACGGCAUCAGAGGAACACUCCAUCAGUGGAUAGCGAGUGUCCUUAUUGGACGCGCUCAACAGGUGGUGCUAGAUGGACAAUCCUCUGCCACCCCGCAAAGUCACGUCGGGAGUCCCGCAAGGCACUGUACUUGGUCCGCUGCUGUUCUUAUUUUAUAUCAACGACCUACCUGCAGCAGUGAAAUUGAUCGCCAGACUGUUCGCUGA